AUGAAUCUCUUCCUCAGAAACAUGAUCCCUUCUUGCUCCUGCUUCUCUGCUCCUUCCGCCUCCAAAGUCGCCAGCAUCGACCCCGAAUUCGAACAGGAUGCGGCAAUCCAACGCUUCGAUUCAUCCGGAAUCCAGACUCUCAUUUCAAACCCCAAAACUCUCCGCCGUCAUCAGGCAGGGACAGGCUCCCAGACACCGUCCGCCUCGCGCAACCUCGACCAACCUUCGGCCCGCAGCCCUUUCAACAAGUCAUCGAGCCGAUGCCAGCGCCUUUAUGAAAUGUUCCAUCAAGAACUCCGCGUCCUUCGAAGCAUUAAACCUCACCCUAACAUCGUUCGCCUCAUCGGUUACGGUGACGACCGCGGCGGCCAGCUCGGAACUCUGGUGCUCGAGCAUGUUCCCAACGGUACACUGCACGACGCGCUUCAUGGUAAUGUUAAGUCCGUGCUUUCUUGGCCUCAACGCGUGUCUAUUGCGUAUCGACUCGCGACCGCAUUAAAUUAUCUGCACGAAGAAUGCGACCUUCCUGUUGUUCACGGAGAUAUUAAAUCCUCGAACGUGCUGCUUGAUGAUGGCAUGAGCCCGAAACUUUGUGAUUUCGGGUUUGCGAGACUGGGAUUCUCUGCCACGGUCACACGAUCAGCCAUCCCGAUGAUGGGGUCGCCAGGUUACGUUGACCCGUGUUAUUUGAGGACUGGGUUGGUCUCGAAGAAGAGCGAUGUGUACAGCUUUGGGGUGCUGACUUUGGAGCUGAUCAGCGGGAUGGAGGCGUUUAGUGAGGAGAAGUCGAGGAUGUUGACGGUGGUGAUGAGGCCGCGAUUGAAGGAGAUGGCCGUGGAAGAGAUCGUGGAUGCGAGGCUUGGAGGAGAGUACAAUAGAGAUGAGGUUGUGAUCAUGGCGAGGAUUGCAGGGAGAUGUAUUGGGGAGAAUCCGAGCCUUCGGCCGGCGAUGGGCGAGUUAUUGACCUUGAUGAGAAAGGAUAUACCGUCGGCUGCGUUUGGUAGGGUGUCCGGCAAGAAAAUUGUUUGAAAAUUUUCAAGGGUAAAGGAAAUGAAGAUUUAGGAUUAGAAUUGUAACAAUCAAAACAUACAAAAUAUUUGUAUCGCAGCUCUUUCUUCACUUUAAGAAAAAGUUAUUUUUGGACAAAGGGAGGGUUCGGUGGUUUUUAUCAAAACUGC